GUGGGGCGGAGCCGCGAACCUUAGCGGCCAGCGGGACAGACCGGCGGUGGAGCGAUUGACAGGCUGCAGGGCAGCUCUGGGGCCCGGGCAGAGUUGGCUGUGCGCGUGGACGCGGCUGCGGCAACGCGGAGAGCGGGGGCGCCGGGAUGUGGAGCGGCCCACCCCAGGCAGACGAGGGCCUCCCUACCGGCCCCUCAGCGGUCUCAGUCCCCUGGAAAAACCUCGGCCCCAGCAAAAGUCAUAGGGAGUCCCCAGGGGGCUUGGUGGAAGCCUCUGCUUCCCGGAAGGAGGCCCAGGCUGAAGAACACUCGGCAGCCGCCCCACUGGACGUAUCGCGCCUGCGCAGCUCCUCCAUGGAGAUCCGAGAGAAGGGCUCAGAGUUCCUGAAGGAGGAGUUAUACAAGGCCCAGAAGGAGCUGAAACUGAAGGACGAGGAGUGUGAACGGCUUUGCAAGGUGCGUGCACAGCUGGAGCAGGAGCUGGAGGAACUCACAGCCAGCCUGUUCCAGGAAGCUCACAAGAUGGUUCGGGAAGCCAACAUGAAGCAGGCUGCGUCCGAAAAGCAGUUGAAGGAGGCUUGGGGCAAGAUUGACAUGCUACAGGCAGAGGUGACAGCCUUGAAGACACUGGUCAUCACGUCCACACCAGCCUCUCCCAACCGUGAGCUCCACCCACAGCUGCUGAGCCCCACCAAGGCCGGACCCCGAAAGGGCCACUCACGCCAUAAGAGUACCAGCAGUUCCCUCUGUCCGGUUGUGUGCCCCACUGCAGGGCAUAUCCCCACCCCAGACAAAGAAGGCAAGGAGCCUGGGCUGCCCCCUCUACUCUCCCUGCUCCUGUGCGUGAUCCCCAGCAAGGCCAUCCACCUCACCUACGAGCCGACCUGGCAGCUCCCAUCUGGGGAGCCGCCCACGGCCUCCAACUCCGCUACCUCUCUCUCCUUUUCCCGACAGGUGGAUACGACCCUGUUUUCAGAGUUCCAGGCUUGGAGGGCAUCACCUACCCUGGAUAAGGACUGCCCCUUCCUGGAAAGAGUGUACCGGGAGGAUGUGGGCCCCUGCCUCGACUUCACAGUGCAGGAGCUCUCAGCUCUGGUGCGGGCUGCUGUGGAGGACAAUACACUCACCAUCGAGCCUGUGGCUUCACAGACUCUGCCUGCUGUGAAGGUGCCCACUGUUGAAUGUCACAACACCAACACAUGUGCCCUGAGUGGACUGGCCCGUACCUGCCACCACCGAAUCCGCCUCGGAGACUCUGAGAGUCAUUAUUACAUCUCACCAUCAUCCCGGGCCAGGAUCACUGCAGUAUGCAACUUCUUCACCUAUAUUCGCUACAUCCAGCAAGGCUUGGUUCGGCAGGAUGCUGAGCCGAUGUUCUGGGAGAUCAUGAGGCUUCGGAAGGGGAUGUCACUAGCCAAGCUUGGCUUCUUCCCCCAGGAGGCCUAGGGCGUGAUCCCAGGCCUGAAGUAGGCUCUGAGCUAGAGCAAACGGCUGCCUUGGGACAGACAGUCAAGAAAUACUGGAGCCAGCUUGAGCCAGAAGCUGAAAGGACAGAUAAACAGCCAGGCUGUAGAGACAGAACUAAGCCAGUCCCAUCCAUUCCUCCUGGGACAGACGGAAGGACAGCCUGCCCUGGACUUCAUGAGAUGACCCUCUUGCCCACUGGGCUCUGUAGCCACCAAGAGAAUUUCAAGGAAACACCAAAGACCAAGGAGCUCAGAGCCAUAUUGGAGAGAGGCUCAGCUCUAGGGAGGGGACCCUUGAACAGCCAGUACCCCCUCCAAAAGUCCCUGCUGUUUACCAAUGCUCUGUUGCUGCCCUGUCUUCAGAAAGGGACUGUUCUACCGUGGCUGGAUCUCCAGAGUAUGCUCCGCCACGGCCUCUUAAGCUCUGGGUCACCAGCACCCCCUUGUGGCCAUCUCUCACCCUGUUCCCAAGUGGCCUCAUUAGACUUCCCCAGUGGUAGGGCAAAGGUCUCCAAUCUGAGCACGGUGGAGGGAUAACUGCCCCCAAAGUGCUCUGAAAAUGAGUAAGACCCUGGCUCCAUUCUUCUGAAUAGAGGCCUCUCUGACCCUCCCUCUCUACUUCAACCCCAUCUUCAGGAGGCCCUGGCCCUAAAAUUGCCAGGGGCCUGGGCUCUUUCUUCUCAAAGUGUGCCACAGGGGAGCCUCAGGAUGUAGUUGUGGGCUGCCAUCCAGACCACAGGGGCCCUGUAUGUGGGACUGGAUGGAGUGGCUACAUAGGACCUGGACCCUGCCUUACCCAUCCAUCAUAGCCCACUGGGAACUGGGCUUGGGGUAUCCAACCUGGACAUAUCCCUCACCACGCCCCUAUUUCCUUCAAGUGGAAUGUAACACAAUCUCUGUUUAAUAAAGGAAGGCUUUGUUGGUA